GUCAACUUCUCUGUGGUCAGCUAACUGAAGCAUGAGGUCUGUGUCUUGCCCAUUAUAGGUCGGUAACAAUAAACAACAAGAGUAUCGGUUGAAAUGUGACAAUAUGGUCGACAUUUUCAGAUUAUUUUGACUCCGGUUUGUCUGUGACGAAAAAAAACGAGCGCACAGCUAAAAAAAAAAAAAUCUUAUCCGACUCGUUCACCUCCUCCUUCGCCGCUGUCAGCGUCCUGUGUGACGGCUUAURUAGCCACGAUGAUGUGAUUGAGAGUAAUUACCGUCGAAGGAAGUCACAUUUAAUUAUAAUUAYAGCUGGAUGGCUUCGGUACAUGUCUGUUAGCAUUAAUAAACARCCCGCAUGCUCUCGUGUCGAUAGCUGUCUGAGUUCCGUGUCGGGAGGAACCGCUACAUUUCGCUGACUGCAUCCACAGCCCAUCCGGAGGAAGAGAGAGAGAAAGAGAGAAAAGAUGUCUUUCUUCAAUUUUCGAAGGAUCUUCAAGUUGGGACCCGAUAAAAGGAAGAAACAGUAUGAGCACGUACACAGAGACGUGAACCCAGAAGAGAUCUGGGAUAUCAUAGGGGAGCUGGGAGAUGGCGCUUUUGGGAAAGUGUACAAGGCCCAGAACAAGCUAAAUGGGACACUUGCAGCUGCUAAGGUCAUUGACACAAAAACAGAGGAAGAACUGGAGGAUUACAUGGUGGAGAUUGACAUUCUGGCCUCCUGCAACCACCAUCACAUUGUCAAGCUGCUGGAUGCUUUCUAUUUUGAAGGCAAACUCUGGAUUCUGAUCGAGUUCUGCGCCGGUGGUGCGGUCGAUGCCAUCAUGCUGGAACUGGAGAGACCGUUGACUGAGCCUCAGAUCCGAGUGGUGUGUAAGCAGACGUUGGAGGCCUUGGUUUAUCUCCACGAAAAUAAGAUCAUCCACAGAGACUUGAAAGCUGGAAACAUUCUCCUCUCCUUGGAUGGAGAAGUAAAAUUAGCUGAUUUUGGAGUGUCUGCUAAAAAUACCAACACAUUACAGAGAAGAGAUUCUUUCAUUGGCACUCCAUAUUGGAUGGCACCAGAGGUGGUGAUGUGCGAAACCUCCAAAGACCGUCCGUACGACUACAAGGCCGACAUUUGGUCCCUCGGGGUUACUCUCAUAGAACUGGCACAGAUUGAACCGCCCAACCACGAGAUGAAUCCCAUGAGGGUGUUACUGAAAAUAGCCAAGUCUGAGCCGCCCACACUCAUGCACCCCUCUCGCUGGUCUCCAGAAUUUAAUGACUUUUUGAGGAGAGCUCUGGACAAGAAUGUGGACAAUAGGUGGAAUUCAGUCCAGCUUCUGCAGCAUCCUUUUGUCACAAGCGUAACUGACAGCAGGCCUGUCAGAGAGCUUAUAGCUGAGGCCAAAGCAGAAGUCACAGAGGAGCUUGAAGAUAGCAAAGAGGAAGAGGAGGAGGAUGAACCUGAUACACCUGUGGCAGCUCCUGGGCACAAAAGAGCCCCAUCAGAUAUUAGUAUGGCCAGCUCAGAGGAUGACAAAGUUCCACCGACUCCCUCCCACCUCAAGUCUGUUACAGAAAAGAYCGAAGCCGAACCUGUUGAGGACCAAACCAGUGAUAAGCUCUCUGAUGAGGGACUUGGAACAAGCGAAACGGAUAAGAAUGAAGAGGAGAAGCUCAAUGAGGUGUCAGAUGCCAGUAAUGAAGACCUGGCUUCUGGACUAAUGGAGACCAGCAAUGAUUUAACCUCUCAAGACUCUUCCAGUGCUAAACCGGAAGCGGCUCAGACUGGAGAUGUUUCUGUUGAACCUGUGGCGUCAGAAACAAAAGAAACUGUAGAUUCGGGAGAUUCCCAAGAACCCGACGCAGGUGAUAAAGAAAUGGGAGAGCAGAAGGAGACAGAGGAAAAGAAAAUGGAAGUGGAAACUACCCAAGUAAUAGAAGAACAAAAAGAGCCAGAACAGGUUAAAGAAGAAGAUUCUGUAGAAUCGCAAGAGAAGCCUGAGGAGGCGCCAACGCAAACAGAAACUAGAUCACAGGAAGUCAUGCUGCCUAAAGAAGUGUGCGACAAAUCAAACGAGGAGAUCUCAGCACAUGAAGUGACAGAAGACAGGUUAGAAGACAAUGUCACAGCAACAAAUGAAAACACAGAGAGUUCAAAUUCAGAUUUAUUGGACACAAAGAUAAAUAGAGACACAGACAUCAAGACCUGUGUGGAGGAGUCCUCCACUGAAGCCGAGUUAGAAAACAAGAUCAUAGAGAGUCAGUUGGAGGAGAAACCAAAGCUUAAGACCUCUGAAGAAGCAGAGCAGCCUUCACAAGAGGAUCUGUCAGGAAAGAAGAGCGAACUGCAAGAACUAGCACCAAAUGAAUCCAAUGUAGUCAGUGAUGAGGUCAAAGACGUGUCUAAGGUUUCUGACCAAACGGUUGCAUCUAAAGAUGACUCCUUAAAGGAAGAUGAGGAGAAAGCAGCUCAAGCCAAUGAAAUCACGUCCCAAGAUGCCAUUUCUGUUCAAGAGAGUGAAGCUGAUUCAGAAGCCAAGGUGGAGCAUGGAAGCCCUGCUGUGGUCAAGUCAGACGUGGAGAAGGACUCAGACUCUGGAAGCAGCUCUGCCGCUGAUAGCAACAGCCUUGACCUCAAUCUGUCCAUCUCCAGCUUCCUGUCGAAGAGCAAAGAGGGAGGCUCCAUAUCUCUGCAGGAGUCGAAACGCCAGAAGAAGACCCUGAAGAAGACACGCAAGUUUAUGGUAGAUGGCGUGGAAGUCAGUGUGACGACGUCCAAAAUAGUGACAGAUAAUGACACCAAGAGUGAGGAGAUGAGGUUUUUGAGGCGGCAGGAGCUGAGAGAGCUACGCCUUCUUCAAAAAGAGGAGCACAGGGCCCAACAGCAGCUGAGCAACAAGCUGCAGCAGCAAAGAGAGCAGAUCUACCGGCGCUUUGAACAGGAAACUACUACAAAGAAACGUCAAUAUGACCAAGAAGUGGAGAAUCUUGAAAAGAAGCAGAAACAGACAAUUGAGCGACUGGAACAGGAUCACACCAGCCGGCUCCGAGACGAAGCCAAACGCAUCAAAGCAGAUCAAGACAAAGAACUGUCCAAGUUCCAAAACAUGCUGAAGAACAGGAAGAAGGAGGCCAUUCAGGAAGUUGGACAGUCACCUAAACACAUGAGAAAAGAGCUCAUGAAGCGCUUAAAAGAGGACCUGUCGCUUCUUAAGACUGCAGAGGAGCAGGAGUUUCUGCAGAAACAGCAGCAAGAGCUGGACGGAGCUCUGAAGAAAAUUAUCCAGCAGCAUAAAUUGGAGAUAGCCACCAUUGAGAGGGACUGCCUCAACCACAAACAGCAGCUAAUGAGAGCUCGGGAGGCGGCGAUGUGGGAGUUAGAGGAGCGCCACCUGCAGGAGAAGCACCAGCAGCUGAAGCAGCAGCUGAAAGACCAGUACUUCAUGCAGAGACAUCAGCUGUUAAAGCGGCAUGAAAAAGAAAUGGAGCAGAUGCAGCGCUACAACCAGCGAUUGAUAGAGGAGCUGAAGAACAAGCAAACUCAAGAAAGGGCUCGCCUGCCCAAGAUCCAACGCAGCGAUGCCAAGACUCGCAUGGCCAUGUUUAAGAAGAGCCUCCGCAUCACCGCCACGGGAGCCAUCACUCCGGAUCAAGAGAGAGAACGAAUUAAACAGUUCGCUUCACAAGAAGACAAGAGGCAGAAGAACGAGAGACUCCAUCAGCACCAGAAACACGAGAACCAGAUGAGAGAUCUGCAGCUGCAGUGCGACUCCAACAUCAGGGAGCUGCAGCAGCUGCAGAAUGAGAAAUGCCACCUUUUAGUCGAACAUGAGACCCAGAAGCUGAAGGAGCUGGACGAGGAGCACAGCCAAGAGAUUAAGGAGUGGAGAGAAAAGCUCAGACCCAGGAAGAAGGCUCUGGAGGAGGAGUUCACACGGAAGCUCCAGGAGCAGGAAGUCUUCUUCAAAAUGAGCGGUGAAUCCGAAUGCCUUAACCCCACCACCCAGAGUCGAGUGUCCAAAUUUUACCCCAUCCCCAACCUGCAGAACUCUGGUUUAUAGCCUCAUGUGUUUGUUCUACAAAUCUGUCAAAGUCUGUGCUCACUGCGUUUUCCCUACAAAGCCUUUGAUUUUAUAUUGCUGAUUAAAAAAAAGAAGUAAUUUCUGCAUCUGAUUCUAUUGUUUGAGAGCAUGAUGUGCCUACACACCGUUCCCUCACUUGAUUGUUUUUCCAGCUUCCUGGGGAAACAUCUCAUGAUUUUUGCACUUUUUCGAGCAUGUUGAGAUUUGGAUCUAAAGUCAGCCAUGCUCGUCAGAUUAACAGAAGCACAGCCUGCGACAGUAWGAAUAAUCUCCAGUGCCUCGUGUGUUUCCUUCUUAAGCCUUUUCAACCCUUUUUCCUGUGCUUUCCUGCUGCUUGGCAUAAGUAAAGGUCCUCCCUCCGAAUACUUUGCACUUAAAAUCAUUUCUGUUCACAAAAAUUCAUUUUGAACAUUUCACUUAAGCGAAUUUCAUUUCAGAGAAUUAGUUUGGCUGCAUGUAAAAGUCAGUGUUGAUGAAGGAACAUGAAUCAAAAGAAAAAAUKGUUGUACGACUGUGUGAAAGUGUUGUCUGUGCGCUGUUUAAUGUCGUCAUGAAGUUUUUCUUUUAAGUGUAAGAUUGUGGGUUCAAAAUAAAUAGAAUGUAUUAAGAUGUGAAGACUGAUCACUAACUGCUUUCCAAAAACUUAACGUCCUGUGAGCUGAAAUAAAAGUUUAUUUAUUUAGCACACCGUGUCAUUUCAGUCUGAUCACAACACCCCUACCUUUCAAAUAGAGGUCAACUGUUACGUUGCUUUUUUUUUGUUAAGCAUUGUUGCUGAUUUGAUUUAUUGUUCAGUUUGAAUUCUAAAGGAAAUCAAUGGUUUGCACUGAUUUGAGCUAAAGAAAACAUGCAAACGUAAAUGUUACCCUUUUGAACUCCAAACUGGUUCAUUUUAUCUUGUUUAAAACUAUCCCUUCUUAAAAUCCUUUUGUUUUUCAAGCUUUUUUUUCCUGUCAUCUAGUAAUGCUGUAAACGCUUUUCAUGGUCAGCUGGAGUUCAGUGCUGUUACUGUAUGAAUUUCUGGAUUUAUUUUGCCGCCACAUAUCAACAUCUUAUAGUUUUUGUAUACUAACAUCAGCAUUGACUAUUUUUUUAUUAUUAUUUUUAAUGAAUGCUGGACUUUUUCCCCCCUUCAGUUCAUAAUUUUAAAAUCUAUUUUGUAAUUUUAAGUUGCUUCAUUUCAAUUCUACCAUCAUGAAUCGUAUUACCAGUUAUAUAUUACCAGUUAUAUGCAUUGUUUAUGUGACGUCAUAUCAAAUGUAUUUAACGCAUCUUUAUAAAAUGACCCCUUUUUUUCCUGUAAAUAAAAUAUUGACCAUU